AAAGGAUUGAAAAACGCUAGCCCUCUCCAACAGGUGUAAAAAAAAAGAAAUCCACCAACUCAAUUCUCAAAUCUCAACCACAUUUUUAAAAAUUUAUAAGUUGAAAAGAACAAAUAAAUUUAUCAGAAUAUCAAUUGGAGGCCUCUGCAUGCAAUUUUCACAUCAGCAUCAAUUCAUCGCCCCACAAAGAAGAGGAAAAAAGAAGUUUUGGAAGAAAGAAAAAGAAAUCCGGCAUGCUUCUUGUUGAUUUUAAAGAAUUUCAAGAAAAGGUUUAUACUCACUUCAGACCCUGGCAACGUUCAUUCCAAUUCUGGACUCGAGCUAUUGAUAUCUACACCGGCUACAAGGUGUUUCAAGUCAGAGUAAAUUUUGUGAAAGAUGUGGCGACUAGGGAGGCAAUGUGGGAGAAACAGCACGAAAUUGCGGCUGAUAAGAUAUAUGAUAUGUGUGCUGACCUCGGAGGCUUUUUUCUUAAGAUUGCACAAAUUAUAGGGAAGCCGGACUUGGCACCGGCUGCUUGGGUGAGAAGGCUGGUCACAUUGUGCGAUCAGGCUCCGGGCACCCCAUAUAAUGUGAUCAAGAAUGUGCUCGAGAAGGAGUUGGGUCAAAGUGUGGAAGAACUAUUCGAAAGAUUUGACGUGCAUCCUCUUGGUUCUGCUUCAAUUGCACAGGUUCACCGAGCACGGCUUAGAGGUGAUAAAAGUGAUGUUGUUGUGAAGGUCCAGCAUCCUGGUGUGCAAGACUUGAUGAUGACUGAUAUCCGCAACUUGCAAGCUUUUGCAUUAUACAUGCAAAAGACAGACAUAAAGUUUGAUCUAUAUUCUGUAACCAAGGAAAUGGAGAAACAGAUUGGAUAUGAGUUCAAUUUUGUGAGGGAAGCUGAUGCUAUGGAGAAAAUUCGGCGAUUCCUGUACGAAAAUAACAAAAAGGCUCCAGUUUUAGUGCCACGAGUGAUCAGAAAUAUGUUCACAAGGAGGGUUCUAGUGAUGGAGUAUAUUGAUGGUGUUCCGAUUCUGCAGCUUGGAGAUGCGAUGGCUAAUAGAGGCAUAAGUCCUGGUGGUAAGGUUGCCGCAGCUGCAAAGCAGAACAUACUUAAAAGUUUGACGCUUGCUUAUGGGCAGAUGAUACUAAGGAGUGGUUUCUUUCAUGCAGAUCCUCAUCCAGGAAACAUUUUGAUUUGUAGAGGUUCUGAGGUUGCCUUGCUUGAUUAUGGGCAAGUGAAGUAUCUUCCUGAGACACUGAGGCUAGGAUAUGCUAAUCUUGUGAUUGCUAUAGCAGAUAAUGACCCUAUAAAGGCAUCUGAGAGCUACAGGGAGCUUGGCAUAGACACUUUCAGCAAAUGUGAGAAUGAGAAGAAAGAGUUGCUUAGAUUAGCCCAAACAAUGUUUGAUACGAAGCUACCACCUGGUGUAACAAUGUUGCAACCCUUUUCUGAUGAAUCUUCAAUUAAAAAGAUUGCUGUUCAGGCUUUCCCAGAAGAACUGUUCUCUGUUCUACGUACGGUGCAUUUACUUAGAGGGCUUAGUGUGGGGCUUGGAAUCAAUUACUCAUGCGCGGAGCAGUGGAGGCCCAUGGCUGAAGAAGCUCUAUAUCUUGCUGGGAGGUUAACAGAUAAAGAUCUCAAAAAAGCACACAGACGUGGUAUUCUCAGGAGAUUCUUCAGUAGGUAGCAAAUAACUGGUAAUGAGUCGAGCGCAAUCUAAUAAGCUGUCUUCUAUUUAGCUGGCCAUACUCAAAGCUCGUUUGUGUUUUCUGCAUAUUUAAUAUAUUUGCAGUUCCGUACUAUCAAUGUACCUGAUUUAUCUGCGAGGUAAGUGAUUAUAUUGGAAAUUCGUUUUGAGCAAGAGUAGUACGAUUCUGUUGGAAAUUUUAUGACCAUUCAACAUUCUCAUUUGGAAGAUGAAUUUUGUUUACAUUUUUUCUCAGGUUAUUAUGUUAGUGUGUCAAAUCUAUGUUGAGUUAUUCGUUGAUCAACUGUAACAAAAAAAACUGUUCUUUUAGGCUUAGCGUGAUUAUGAAAAGGAGAUCGAAU